CGGACCUUGGAAAUGGGACGGGGUCCUGUAGCGGGUCCUUCCGGGGGUGACAUUCAGCCGGCCUUGGGGGCGACGGACUCCGCAGCUUGCCACCAUGGCCCAGUUCGUCCGAAACCUCGCGGAGAAGGCCCCGGCGCUGGUGAACGCUGCUGUGACUUACUCGAAGCCUCGAUUGGCCACAUUUUGGCACUAUGCCAAGGUUGAGCUGGUUCCUCCAACCCCUGCUGAGAUCCCUACAGCGAUUCAAAGCCUGAAAAAAAUAAUCCACAGUGCUCAGACUGGUAGCUUCAAACAGCUCACAGUUAAGGAAGCUAUGCUGAAUGGCUUGGUGGCCACUGAGGUGUGGAUGUGGUUUUAUAUCGGAGAGAUCAUAGGCAAGCGUGGCAUCGUUGGCUAUAAUGUUUAAAGACCAAUCUUUAACAUUGAUUUAUUAUUUGUAUGGUUUUGGACCAUGUGUGUUGAAACUGUUAUCUGAAUAAAAUAUGUCAAAAA